AUGCCCUUUGUGCCUUCCCGCAAAACGGCAAAUCCAGGCCCCGCCUCAUCUUCCGAGAGCAUAUCAAGUAAUCCCGAACAAAAUUACCGAAGACGUUCAAGCGAUCCAAUCUCAAAGGAUGACUUGCCAUUGUCAAUCAGCUUCAUGAAGAGGCCUUCUAGAUCUAGCUUUUCGGGAGAGAGUGAUGAAAUCAUGAAACUCAACACCAUUUUGAACUCAAAAACACACUCUCCGCCGCCCUCCCAGGAAAUGCCCGAAUCCGAAGUCGAUUAUGAGUUCUCUCCAGAACCAAUACGUAGCCCAGCCUCGCUACCGGACUCCAAGUACCAGCUCAUGUCUCCGUUGGUGCGCAAGAAGUCGGGGGAGCUUGUUAAAUCGUCCCUCAAGCUCAAUUCUCUGGAUGGUAGCUCCAAAUCCCUACCCUCCACUCCAACAUACAAACAAGUGCAUUUUGGCGGAAACAUAGCUGUCAAGUAUUUUGAUGAAGCAGAUAAGCCGAGCUCCAUUAGCGCAGGCAACUCCCCUUUUGUUUCCGAUGACGAAUACAACUCAGAGUGCGAAUCUGACGAUGAUUAUUUUGGCCCCCAAGAUACAAUCUACAGCGUUUCAAAAGAGUAUGUUGAAUCUGGGAGCCAGAGGUCGAUUGAGAAGUUCAAGAAGCUAAUCAAGGCGUGGGACUUCAAUUCGGAUCAGUUCCGAAGAAUUUCCUACAGAGAUCAAAUUGAUAAAGAAACACCUGUUUUUCUAGAGAGGUGUUUUUUGAGCGUGGAUAAGACCGAACUGUUAGGACAAAUUGCCGUGAAAAACCUCUCAUAUCAAAAGUCUGUAACGGUUCGGUACACCUUCAACGACUGGGAGACGGCCAUCAAUAUGGAAGCUUCUUAUGUUCCAGACAUCCCAAGGCUACUGAAACGCGCGAACUACGAUAGGUUCAUUUUCAAACUAUCAGUUCCCACAUUAUUUUCACAGUUCUAUUCUAGCCACCAGCCGCUCGUCGACCAAGAUCCAUGUUUUUAUCUUUGUGUCCGAUACGUUUCCGAUGAUCAAAUUUUUUGGGAUAACAAUUAUAGGAAAAACUAUGAGUUGCGAUUCUCUACGGAGGCAUCUCGCGCCAAAGCACAUAGAAAAAGCUCUCAUCAUGAAAACAUGUAUUCAUCGAAGUUUCUUCGGAAAAGUGCCAGUUUUGAGGAUGUUUCAUCCGCAUUGGGUUCCAAAAACGCUUCGAACCCCAGAUCAUUUCCUGAACUGGACAAUGCUCUGAAAGACCUAAGUUUGCCAAAGCCUUCUAGAGCUGGACAACAUCAACAGAUCCCUUAUGAUUUCCACCAAGAAACAAUUUUAGAUAGCAGCAUGAACUCGCCGGGAACCCCAUUGAUUCUUCAAAAUGUUAGUGCUGCCCCUACAUUCACGGACUUAAUGUCGCCGUCUCUUCCUUUGAAAGUAAAAAAUGAGAACGAACCUAAUCAAAAUGAAAAGGAAAUCUCCCCAACCACAAAAGUGCCUGAAGAUAAAAUUCCGCCAGUUUCCGAGUAUACAGGUGCAGCCAACCAUUCGCGUAAACCAGAGAUCAACUCAAAAUCGUAUCAACAACUACUAGAGAAUUACUGUUUUUUUCAAGGCCCCUCCACUGUGUCUUCAUUUUUAGACAAUAACAACGCUAAUGAGAAGUCACAAGUUGACAACAAAUUUGGCCAUGAUUUCUAUUAA